AUGGAGUUGGUUGCACUAGGGACUGAAACUCACAGCUCCAUCAUCUGCACUUCAGAUCAUAACUCGGUCAUGGGGUUCAAACCUGCUGUAGGCCUCACAAGCCGAGCAGGGGUUAUACCUAUGACACCUCGCUUGGACACAGUCGGGCCAAUUUGUAGGACUGUAUCAGAUGCAGUUUCUGUGCUUGACGUGAUUGCAGGUAUUAGUGCAUCUCAACUCUCAAUUUUUAUUUUGUUUAAGGAAGAGAGGUGCAGAGUCAUAGACAACUUGAAGAUAGAUGAUGUAGAGACAAUUCUGGAACCCAAUCACAGUGGUGAAGUUUCAAUUAUGAUGGCUGAGUUCAAGGCAGCUAUAAAUAUUUACCUGAAAGAGCUGGUCGAAUCUCCCGUGUGGUCUUUAGUAGAUAUUAUUGCCUUCAAUGAGAGCAAUGCAGAGUUGGAAAAGCUUACAGAGUAUGAUCACCAUACUUUCAUAGCAGCUCAGAAGACAGAUGACUUAGGAGAGCAUGAGAAGACUAUACUUGAGAAGUUAGAAAAUCUUUCGUGCAAUGGGUUUGAGAAAUUAAUGAAGGAGAAUGAAUUAGAUGCAGUAGUGAUACCAGGUACGUGUGCUUGCCCAAUUUUUGCAUUUGGAGGCUCUCCAGCAAUAACUGGCCCAGUCGGCUAUGCGACUGACGGAUGCCGUUUGGAAUCUGUUUUGGGGGAUUAA